CUCUGUAGUUCUGCACUUUUGCCUCAAAUGGCCAAGCAAAAUUGCCCGUCGCUGACCGAAGUUGUAAAACAAGUUGCCGAGCAGCAACAUUCACAAAUGUCAGAGAUAGAAAGAAGCAAAACUGUUCUUUUCCAAUUGCAGGCAAAGGUUCAGGAACUAGAGAAAGAAAUUGCUUCAAUUCGGUUAGAAACAAAGACAGCAGAAAGGGAAAUAUAUCUGCAAGAUGGUGCCAUAGAAGUGACAAAGUAUCACUGUGAAAACCUGGAGGCCCAAAUCAGAGCCCUAUAUUCUGAAAACUUAAGGCUGAGGUGUGACACAGAAACACUACAAGAAGAGUUUGAGAUGACAUUAGCAAGAAAUAAUGAAUAUCGGGAAAAAAUAAAGGCUCAUAAACAUCUCUUUUGGGAGAUGGAAAGUAAAAUGCCAGCUAUGAUUGAGCUUGCUGAAAAGAAAGCCACUGUUGAAGAAUUAAAGGCAAAGAAAGAGGAGUUAGUGUGUGAUCUCCAGAAUCCAGAAGGAUCUGUAAUAAAACAAAUGCAGGAAGAAAUUGCACUUUUACAAAAGGAAAUAGCAACAUUGUCAGAGUUCAUCAAUAAAAAAACAGAUUUGCUGGAAGAAGAGAAACAAGUGCAUGUUAAACUUAGAAAAGAAAUUGAGGUACAAAAUAAAAGAUAUGAUGCUAUUCUGAAGCGUUUGCAUUGCCAGCUGAACAAACUCCAUUCAAAUAAAAGACAAUGGCACUGGAACAUUCAGCAGUUAGAGAAGAAGGCAGCAGAAUUAAGGAAGCGGCUUGGAGGAGUAGAGUUACAAAGUAGCAUGUAA